UUGUAUCUCGAAUCUUUGCUCGCAAGUCAAAGCACAAUACGUCGGUCGCACCUUGUGACCACGGUGGGUGCAAUGUCCAUAAUUCUAUUCUAUUGUUAUGACUGUGCGGUUAUAUACAGCACAAUACUCUAGCGUCCUUUUUUUCUCAAGACGCAUGAUGAAAGGUUUUUUUUUUUUUUUUUAGGUGCUGGAACGGAUUAAUAGCAUUUCCACUCAUUUCAAUGGGGAAAGCAGAUUUGAGAUGAGCGUUUUGAGUUCUGAACGAGGUUACGGAACGACUUUAGAAAGUGUGUUUUGGGGGGUUAUGUCCCCCUUACAGCCCGCCACACACGCCCAUGCCCAGACUGGGUGUGCAGCGUGAAUUUGGAGCGCCACGCACGCACGCACGCGCGCGCGCGCUCGUAUUCGCUGUUCGCUCUCCCAGGGCUCCUCCAUAAAAGAGGGGCGGACACCGAGCGCGCGCCGGGCUAUAAAUCCCUCCGGAGCGCCCGCGGAGCGCGGCUCGGCGCUGCUCGGCUGCGCGAUGAGGACGAGAAACCCACCCGUGGGAUGCAGCUUUUAGCCGGAGGACAUGGAGGCCGCUCGACCCUCGUCGCUCUUCUCUGUUCGCGGGAUGUAACGGCGCGUCGUGCAAGGACGUUCCGGUCCCCGGGGUGGUGGUGGUUGGGGGGGGGGAGGAGGGGAAACUUCCCGAUUUGUGCGUCUUUUCCACCCGCGGAGUGGGCGAUCGUGCCUUUUGGAUUCCCGUGCGUGGAGCGGCUCGUGUUGAAUUGAUCUGCGCCGGGGUCCAAAGUGCGCACACGUUCUGGAUCUGUGUGACAUUUCGCCUGUUUUGCUCCCAGUGGACAUAAACUAUCGCACUUCCAAGUGGGGAAUUCUUUUUUGUCUUUUUUGGGGUGCACUUGCGGACCAUUGGGAUUCUAACCGCAGCGAGUUGCAGGUCUGCAUGGGCCAUGUUUAAGGUUGUUGACUCUUGACAGGAUGACACAGGUUUUGGUAUCGCUCUCCUCCACUCCAGCUCUCCUGGUAGGAACUGAGUCUAAGAUGAAGUUAUGGGAUGUCGCGGCCAUGUGUUUGUUGCUCCUGAGCUCUGUCGCUACCCGGCCUCUCUACCAAAGCACUCAGCCGGCCAAGAGGACCUUUUCCCCCGCCAGCUCCCCUGAUUCUGCACGCCAGUCCGCGGAGGAGCGGGAGGCCGACUCGUCGAUGCAGAGCGUCGAGAGCGACCUGCAGGAGAUCUCCGUGGAGGAUCAAUAUGAUGUCACGGGUCCUUAUUCGGAGCAGCUUGACGACGUCAUGAACUUCAUCGAGGCGACCAUCGGCAGACUGCGGAGGUCCUCGGAGUCGCGGGUCUCGAGGGAGCGGGAGCAACGGCAGAGAGGGGCGGCAAACACACGAGGCGGCACGAGGACGCGCGACGGCGAAAGUAAGCGGCGCCGGAGCAGAGGCGGCGGGACCCGCGGUGGCGGAAAAGCGGGACGGGGCGAACGGGGCCGAGGGAGGACGUCAGCUCGUCCCGGUCGAGGCUGCCUCCUGAAGGAGGUCCACCUCAACGUGACCGACUUGGGUUUGGGCUACCAGACCAAGGAGGAGCUGAUCUUCCGCUACUGCAGCGGCCCGUGCGCCGAGGCCGAGACCAACUAUGACAAGAUCCUCAACAACCUCAGCCACGCCAACAAGCUGGACAGGGACACGCCCUCGCGCACCUGCUGCCGACCGGUCGCCUUCGACGACGACCUCUCCUUCUUGGACGACAACGUGGUCUAUCACACGCUCAAGAAACACUCGGCCAAGCGGUGCGCUUGUGUGUGAGACACAUUCAAAAACCUUCAAAACAAUGGCGCUGACAACGAAUAUACUGUUACAUUUACUCUUUUUUUCUUACUGCGUUUUCUUAAAAAAAAAAAAAAAAAAAAAAAAAAAAAAAAAAAAGUACAAAGUACAAAAAAAAGUUUCUUUCUUGUGGAAAACGUCCCAGGAACAUCCUUUUCUUUCUUUCUUUGGAGAAAACUCUCAGACAGGAUUUAGCGGACUUGACACCCCAUCAUAUGAAUAUAUAGACAUACUGUGUAUAAAUAUCUUUCCAUAUAGAUAUACAGUAUAUAUAUGUAUGUAUACGCUUGUGUGUAAGAGGUAUAUUUAUUAAGAUGGAAUUAAUUUAUUGUUAUUUAUUUCAUUUACGACAAGUUGUUGUCUUUCUUAUUUAUUGAGAUGUUUGGUUUGUCCUGGACGCUGUCAACAUGUUCGCGUUCAUUCUGAAAGCUUCCUCCAUCCAAACUCCCCCAAAAAGAAGUUACAUGUGGAUGAGUGUAGACAAAGUCAGUCAGUCCCCUUCCACUACAAAGCCUUUUUACCCACGUGUAGCUGUUUCUCGUCAAAAUUGACCCCCGAAUUUGCCGGCUUCUGAGGGUAGAGAAUCAGAGUCAUAACAGAGGCAGGAUGGUGGCUGGUUGAAAGAAAAGAGCGGAAACAUGGAACAGCGGUGUGAAGUUUGACGCCUGACUAUUCUGCUUUGCUGGGUGGGGUAAGCCUCUCAUGUCCAAAUUUUGCAAAACUUUAGAGACUCAGGACUAAAAAACAAGCUUAUUUUUAGGUGGUCAAGCAGAAACAUCUGGGGCUGACAGUGCUGUUAACUGGUUUACAAGGAAGGGCAGUAAAACUGGUUCUGUAAUUGGUUCUGGUCUCUUUUACACUGACUGCCAAAGCCGGCUUUUACCCACAAUAGAGAAUAGAGGGGUUGUGGUGUCAGAAUCGAUUGGAAAUUUGUCGUCUUGAUGGUAGUAUCAGAGGCGUGACAGGAUUGGGACGAAAGGCAAACACUAAUAUUUUAAACCCCGUUUAUUUCGGGGGAUACGUUCCAGACCCACCCUCAAUAGGUGUAAAUCUGCGAUAUAGAGAGACCAUAUAAUUGAUCACGUGAAAAUAUCUGGAACUUGUAGUGGUCCGGAGUAGUUGAAGGUACUAAUUUGCCAUCGUAUCUGGCCAUUAUCCAAUGUUUCCCUGCCUCUGAUGCGGCAAUUUUGCAGAAACUCUGCAAAAAGGGGCUAAAGACUCAAGACCCAAAGAAGCCGAUGGUCAGAAACAGACUGUUUUUGUGUUGUUGUUGUUUUUUUUAAGCUGUUUGUCCUUACUUCACGUGAGCAGGCAGAAACAUCUGGGAAUCGCAGUCCUGUCCAUCGGUUGCAUGUUAACAAGGGAGCGUAAAAAAAAAUAAUUUAAAAAAAACAUAGAGGUGGUCUCGGAGGCCUUUGGAGUCAAAGGAGCCGCCUGACAAUCCGCGACCCAAAGGCUUUUUCGAGUCCCCGAAGGGGGGAACAGGUCUUAACCCCACCCUCCCCCACUUCUCCACCCCAAAAAGAGGAUUUGAAAGUGAUCCCCCUUUAACACGAGUCUUAAGCAAACAUCCCCCGCCGGCUAAGGCAGUUUUAAGAGAGACGCUCGCUACUGUACGGCUGUCAGCGUCAAAGUGACGUUCCAACAAAAGCAAAAACCUUUAAACCAGACGGAAUGGGGAGGGGUCACUGCGUGUUUUCUACACGUGAUAACAUGUUCAAUUGAGGGAAUAUCAACAUCCCGAAUGAGGACAGAGCGGAGAGGCGAGUGCUUCAAGUGGAACAAAGAGUCCUCGGGGAGGGUCUUGACGUUUCCAAGGAUUAGGGACCAAGGUAUCUGUGCCCACCCGGCAACAAGCAAGGCAGCUUUAAAGCAUGUAAUCCCCCCCUCAACACACACAUACACACAAAUCCACAACAUGGAGAUGAAUUUAGGCCAAACACAAGGAUGGAAAAAAAGCUCGCUUUUAUCACAGCAUACCUCAUCAAUUGGAUCAUCUUCCCUGUUUGGUCCACAAGUUUUUUUCCAGAUGACAACUUUGGAGACUUCCCAGAAGCCCCCCGUAUGCAUCCCACUGCUUUAGACAAGGUCUUCCCAAACCUUUUGGGUCCAGGCGAGACAUUUUUCUCAGUACCCCCCCUCAUAAUCCUAACGCCAAUGAAAUGUAACUUUCAUAUGCACCCUUAAAUGCCGUAGGAAUUUUCGAGAAAAGAAGUUGCAAUGUUACAAUAACAAAUUCAUAAUCUUUUCAGAAAAUGUUUUUUCCUCACGUUAUGAAAACAGAUUUCUUCAAGAAACAAAGAUGCAUUUUGUUGGGGUAAAAAGUCAAUCUUCUGAGAAUAAAGUCGUGUUUUCAAGAAAUAAAGCCGUAUUUUGUUGUAACAUUACGAUAUUGAAGUCAAAGUUGAACGAGGGAAGAAAGUCACAUUUUAACAAGUGAAUUUCAAAAAUACAACUUUAUUCUUGUAAUAUUACAUCUUCUAUUGCGACUUUAUUCUCUAAAGACUCCAGACUAUACUCUUGAAAAAAAUGUGCGUUAUUGUUUUGUUCUAUUCCUAAAAAAAGGACUAUUUAUGCAAGGACGUCAGAUGUAUGUGACAAUACAUCACGAUCAUAACACAGCUUUUAUUUGGCC